UUUAGGUUAUGUUUACCAUAAGAAUUAAAAAUGUUUAGACGGCUAAAACUUCUUCCUUGCUCUUCAAUAUGCAAGAACUACUCGACAAAAGUGGAAAUCGACGCGAGUUUAAAGGAAAACUUCGAGUCCAAAGUGUUUAAACCGCGCAAACACCCCGGCACAACGCGCGUUAAAAUCGCUGCAAUCCCACUUGAUAUUCAGAAAGCUGCAAAAAUCAUUCUAGAAGACAAUGGAGCUAAAGCAAUGUACCAGGAGGCCAUAAAACUCAACAACUACGUACGUUCACGAUUACUCCCGCCAGAAGAAGGAGAUAUUAACAAAAGAGCCGCGAAAAUUCACAACUCCGUCUCCAAACAGUAUUUUUCAAAAGUAAAUAAGGAAUUGACACCAGACGAGUAUGAAAACGCAAACAAAGUGAUACAAACCAAAGUAUUCAAUAUCUUGAAGAAGAAAGUCUAUAGCUGGGGUAAUAUCUCUUUUGAUUUGGCAACAAGCUUGCAAUAUUUAAUGGUACGAGCCGCUCCAGAAUAUGCUAUCCUGGUACGAAUACUCGAUGAAAUUAGAAAAACGUUACCAGAUUACAAGCCUAGAAGCUUCUUUGACUUUGGUUCUGGUGUCGGAACGGGUACUUGGGCGGUUAAUACAUUCUGGCAAGGAGAUAUUUUUGAGUACUUCUGCGUAGACACUUCGACACAUAUGAAUGAUUUAGCCCGAUUAAUACUGUGCAAUGGGAAGGACAACGUGGAGAUGCCAUUGAAAGGCUUUUUCCAACGACAAUUCUUACCCGCCUCAACAGAUAUAAAGUACAACAUAGUCUUAUCAUCGUUUUCGUUAUUCGAACUUCCGUCUAUGAAAAGCAGAUUGGAAACGAUUCAGAAAUUAUGGAACAAAACAGAAGAUUUCUUGAUAAUCGUUGAGCAUGGCUCUAAUACGGGGUUUCAAAUCGUUAACGAGGCCAGAGAAUUUGUCUUAAAUCUGCCUGAAGGAAAGAACAAUGGGUACGUGUUUUCUCCUUGUCCAAACGACAACGUCUGUCCUCGUUACAUGGAACACGAGACGCCUUGCAACUUCUUGAUGAAGUAUGAAUCGUUACCAUUUCCUUCGAAGUCUGAAAUAUAUGCAGAAGUGUUUUCUUAUGUUAUAUUAAGAAAAGGCACACGUCCAAAGAAUGAUCCUCAGUGGCCUAGAAUCGUUAGGGCACCAAUCGUUAGGUCUGGACAUACAAUAUGUAAAUUAUGUACUGCACAAGGGGAGUUGAAGGAAAUUAUAUUUUCAAAGUCAAAACACGAUCAGACUACGUACAGAUGUGCUAGGAGUAGUAAUUGGGGGGAUUUAUUACCUAUUAAAUAA